UGAGCUUUGGCCAAUUUGAAUAUUAAUUAAAAUAAUUAAAGGAUAGCUAUAAUUAUAUGUCUUUACACACACACAAAGACAGUGGGAACAUGACAUGGCUGUUUGAGGCCGUGAUCAGCCAAAGUUAAACUGCUGUUUGAGCUAAAGAGCAGUGGUGUGGAAAGGCUAAACAUAUAAUUGGUAAAGACAGUAGGGUGGAGGGCCAGACAAAGAAGAUCAGAGCACAUCCGAAGGUGGUUGCAGUGAACAAUUCUCAAAGCUCUAUUGUUAGUAGUGCAGAGAGACUGGAAAAGAGAGGGAGGCCAUUCAUUCAACGGCUGGCUCAGACAGGGGAUUUGCAGUUGCCCGGACGACGAACAAAGCUGAGCCAGUUGGACGAUGUGCACAACAGAAAAGGCUGAAAAGAGAAAGGAAAGGCGCUGGGGAGUGAGAGAACAAGAGCUGAGAAUGAAUGCGCUCAUCAGCAGGAUAAUUUCAGGGAAUCAGAUGGUGAACACCAUGGAUAGUGGAGCUCAGAGCGUGUUAAAUGACCUGUAUUGUCCUUCGCUGAUGAUUGAGCGCCAGCAAAAGUUUCCCUCCUCUCAGUCAGACAGGUAUGCCUGUGGUCAUCAGUGUGUCUCCGGACAGGUAACCAGGUGUGUUGCUGCUGUCAUGGCCUUGCCAACCCUGCGGCUGUUUCCUGUCACUGUGGUCACAGUCCUGGUGGUGCUCGUGUCGUCAUCAGAGGACCAUGACUGGCACUUUAACCCAGCUCAGUGUCGUUACGCCCUGGGGAUGGAGGAUGGAACCAUCCCAGACUCUGACAUUACUGCCUCCAGCGCCUGGUCAGACUCCACUGAGGCCAAACAUGGAAGGUUGAGUACUGGAGAGGGGGAUGGAGCGUGGUGUCCUGCAGGAGCUGUUUUCCCCAGUGGAUCAGAAUUCCUUCAGGUAGACCUGCACAAACUCCACUUCCUGGCUCUGGUUGGUACUCAGGGUCGUCAUGCUGACGGGCACGGCCAAGAGUUUGCCCGCAGUUAUCGGCUCCGCUAUUCCCGAGACGGAGUGAAAUGGAUCACCUGGAAGGACCGCUGGGGCCAGGAAGUAGUGUCAGGGAAUGAGAACACCUAUGAUGUUGUGCUAAAAGACCUAGGCCCUCCAAUUGUGGCCCGCAUGGUGCGCUUCUACCCCCUGGCUGACCGGGUUAUGAGUGUUUGCCUUCGGGUGGAGCUCUAUGGUUGUGUAUGGAACGAUGGGUUGAAGGCUUACACAGCUCCAGUAGGUCACGUCAUGCACCUGUCUGGCAUGCCUGUCUAUCUAAACGACUCCACCUAUGAUGGGAGCACUGAACAAGGGAUGCAGUUUGGAGGCCUGGGUCAGCUAUGUGACGGCGUCCUGGGAGGUGACGACUUUAUACAAACUAAGGAGCUGAGAGUGUGGCCUGGGUAUGACUACCUUGGCUGGAGCCGGGAAGCCCUGGGGCAAGGCAGCGUGGAUAUUGAGUUCCACUUUGAGAGACCACGUGUCUUCCACAACAUGCAGGUGCACAGUAACAACCGCCACACCCAGGGCGUUCGAGUCUUCAACAAGGUAGAGUGUCUUUUUAAGCCCGGCAUCCUCCAGCCCUGGUCCUCUCCUGCCCUCACUCUGCCUGUGCCCCUUGAGGAUCUAAAGGACCCCUCCUCUCGACCCAUCUCCCUCCCACUGGGAGCCCGGCCGGCUCAGAUCCUCCGCUGCACAUUCUACUUUGCUGACCGCUGGCUACUCAUCAGCGAGAUAUCCUUCCUCUCUGAGCCGCUUGAGGAGGAUGUCACAGAGACUGAUUCAUUUCCUCCUAAUCUUCCCAAGAUUCCUACCACCAGUUCCUCUCCUCCUUCUGUUAACCACACCUCCUCCUCUCCCACAUUGAGCCACAGCUCUUCCAACGCCACCGCCAGCCCAUCUGAACCCCCCACCACCACCUCCUUCAUGAUGGACACCACUGGUAACUGGACACUGUCAGAUCCAGAAUUUGGUGCAAACACUCCAAGGGCGGGGCUUCCUGUAGCCAAGGAUGACAGCAGUAAUACAGCUAUUCUGAUUGGCUGCUUGGUGGGCAUCAUCCUUCUGCUGCUGGCUGUGAUAGCCGUCAUUCUGUGGAGGCAGUAUUGGAAAAAGAUACUGGGCAAGGCCCAGGGCAGUCUAUCCAGUGAUGAGCUGCGGGUUCACCUGUCAGUCCCCUCGGACAACGUGGUCAUCAACAACACACACAGCUACUCGAGCCGCUACCAGCGCAUCCACACUUUCCCUGAUGACCGCGACCAUGACAGAGAGGGAGAAGGAGAGUACCAAGAGCCCAUUGCUCUGCUACGGCCAAGGGAUCAAAGAGACAGCACAGCCUUGCUGUUAAACAACCCAGCCUAUCACCUGCUCCUGUCAGAUCACAGAAAAGGCAUGAGACCCCUAGUCGUCCCCAGCACAAGUCAGGCUCAGGAGAAGAGUCUCAAUGUGCCCCAGGCCUGUGGUUUGGACAUGGACAUGGAGAAGGGUUUCCCCCCAACUCAUGAGGAGCCUCCUCCCUACCCUGGCUCCCCUCCUUACCCUUCCCUGUCUCCACCCGUAUCUCCCCCACUGCCUCCCAGCGUUCCUCAUUACGCUGAGGCUGACAUCGUGAGCCUGCAAGGUGUCAGCGGUAACAACACCUACGCCGUGCCCGCUUUGGCCUCUUCGAGCCCCGGGGCAGACGCUGCCCCGCUCCCAGAGCUGCCGCGCCAAUGUCUUAUCUUCAAGGAGAAACUGGGAGAGGGACAGUUUGGAGAGGUGCACCUGUGUGAAAUCGAGAGCCCUCAAGACCUUCCCAACUUGGAGUUCCCCUUCAAUGUGCGAAAAGGUCGCCCUCUCCUGGUAGCAGUGAAGAUACUGCGCCCGGACGCCUCCAAAAAUGCCAGGAACGACUUCCUGAAAGAGGUUAAGAUCCUGUCUCGCCUGAAGGACCCAAACAUCAUUCGUCUGCUUGGAGUGUGUGUGAGCAGUGAUCCCCUUUGUAUGGUCACUGAGUACAUGGAAUGUGGAGACUUGAACCAGUAUCUGUCCCACAGAGUGCUUCUGGACAAGACUGGGCCUUCACAAAAUACUCCGACCAUCAGUUACCCGGCUCUCAUCUCCAUGGCCAGCCAGAUUGCGUCAGGAAUGAAGUUCCUCUCCUCCCUCAACUUCGUGCACCGGGAUCUGGCAACACGUAAUUGUCUGGUCGGGGGUGAGAAGGGUGAGAGCGGAGAGGAUCGGGGUGGUGAGCGUCACAUUAAGAUAGCUGAUUUUGGCAUGAGCAGGAACUUGUAUGCUGGAGACUACUACAGGAUCCAGGGCAGAGCUGUGCUGCCGAUACGCUGGAUGGCCUGGGAGUGUAUACUCAUGGGUAAGUUCACCACGGCCAGCGAUGUGUGGGCAUUCGGGGUCACUCUGUGGGAGAUGCUGAGCGUUUGUCAGGAGCAGCCGUACUUCAACCUCACUGAUGAACAAGUCAUCGACAAUGCUGGGGAGUUCUUCAGAGACCAGGGCAGACAGGUAUAUCUGAGCAAACCGGCUGUGUGUCCUCAGGGUCUCUAUGAGCUCAUGUUGAGUUGCUGGAACAGAGACUGCAAGCUCCGCCCGUCCUUCGCCUACAUCCACUCCUUCCUUACUGAGGACGCUAUGAACAUGGUGUAGAGAGAGAAUCAGAGAAAGGCAACAAGGAGAAAGGCAACGCUAAAAAGGAGAAACGUCCCGUACGUUUAUGCAUCCUUGCUACAGCGGGAUGAUGGUGGUGGAGGUGCUGCACGGCGGAGGCAGAUGAGGAGGAAGAGUGGGUUGAUUGCUUUUAUAUACUUUUUGGGUGGAUGGGGCUGAGACACCGCUGGUUCGGUUCAUUUCCACAUCAGACCCCAACCCCAAAGGCAAAACUAACCCCAGCUUUAGAUUAUCUAACAGUCCGAGCUAUAUUUCAGAGUGGGUUGGUGGUGGGUGCAGUCUGCUUAGGAACUUUCUGUCUUCUUAGAUACUCACCAUGCAAGGAGGGUUUGUGUGUGACUGGUAAUUAAUUACAAAAGAAGCUGCAGAGGCUACAUUGACAGAAUAUACUCCAAACUAUGACCAUAGCAAGCUAGGAAAUGAACAGUUAUUAAGCUUCAUGACUUUUGUUAAUCAACAUCUCAGAUGCUGCAUGUAGUCUAACAGGUGACGGUGCACAUGACACACAAACCUCUCUCAGCCUCUUUCAUGUCUGAACAAUAGGUGUUCUACCUAUUGUUCAGACAUGAAAGUGCACAACAGCAAUUAUCCUAGAUUUUACAGUAUGUGUAGCCUACUGGACACAUUUUAAGUCCAAGCUUCAGCCCCAUUUGCCCAUCUGAGAAACAAAAAAAUGAUAAUCCACAAAAAGUCUUUGAAAAUAUUUUAGGCUUCAUACAUGGCUGAUGGUGAUAAGCAGAACUCAUUAUGUUUGGUAACCCUUCAUCAAUCCUCUGUCUCAACCCCACAACCUUAAAUAGUGACCCGAAGUUAUUGUGGACUCAUGUGAAAUGAUGUGGACCAGACAACAGCAGCCCCCCUUUCUGCAAUGUGCCCCCCCCAUUGUAGUCAAGAAAUCCAACCAGUUUCUCUUAGCCACAGAGAAAAGAACUGUUUCCCAGAAGAUGAAAUUCUGCGGCUGCCGAUGAGAUGUGACCCACAAACUGGAAUGGCUUUUUCUAAGCAGAGAGACAAUACUGCCAGCCGGAGCAGUGGACAGGACAUCUUCAGAUGCACCUGCUCUGGUGUUAUGGCAAUCUUUGUAUAUGGUGGUGACCCAGAUACAAAAGAUAAAUGUAAAAUUCCACAACCAGCUGCACUUUAAAUCCUACCUGCCAUGCAUAUCCUUGGCCAUGAUGAAACUCUUCUCUGUGAGGGGCCUGAUAUGAUUCCUGUCGAUGUGGAUUCUAAUUGUAUUUUACUUGCAGUGAAUUUAGUAAUAUUUGCCAAGGGAGAUCAAAAGAUGUAAAAUAUUAUUUAAAUAAUGGAGUGGCACCAUCAAUUCAUCUCAUUUUAAAUGUAUGACGACCUUUUGUUCUGAAACUAACAGUGUGUUGAGACAUGUUCACUCGAUCGCUCAGUCUUUGCUCAUCCAAAUACAUACACACAGUUAUGGUAUGGUAAGUGGGAAUGCUGGGAUUUUAGCAUGAAUGUCAGCAUCGCCCUCUGCAUUAUCCUGUGUUAGUACAUUAAGCUGACUGGCAGAAUCAUCUAUCUUACUGAUUAUAUAGCACUGUAAAUCAGUCCUAAAAUGAUCAAAAUUAUUAAGUAAUACAUGUUUACUGAUUGUGAAUGGUUGUGCCAUUUGAGUCAUUUUUGAUACACUGUAGUUCAACUAAAUCCAUAUUUUUAUAUAUACUAUAUGUACUUAAGACACUCCUUUGUGUCUGAUUUUGUCCAUUUGUAUCUGAAGUUGAGCAUAUUAGUAUGUACAUAUGUUAAGGACAGAAUUGUAAUUUCCUUUAAUAAUGGAAAACUCUGUUACAUUCGGGGUCUUCUGUAUCUCUGUAGAACGCUUGCUAUCUUGAUGCCAUUGUAAUUCAUUGUUGUCUAUUUUUGUAGAUGUUUUAAUAAAGUUAACCUUUUCAAAUAAAUUAAAACGUGUCCUAGGGCUGUAACUAACUCUCUCUCUCUCUCUUCCUCAUGACCCCCCCGGAACUGUGGAUUUAUAGCGAAUUUUAAAAAAGUUUUC